AUGAUAUAUACUUUCGCUUGUUAAGCUUCUUUACAUUAUUGUUAACUUUAAAGAAGCUGUUCAACAUCCAUUUCAAAUUCUGUACAAAAAAAUAAUAAAUUGUUUCUUCAUCUAAUAGAAAAUAAGUUAAUUUUGUUAUUCUGUUAAUUUAAAAUAUAAAAAAAUUCCAAGAAAGAGAAAGAAGUUAGACCCUUUGAAUUAUGGCUGACUAUAGGUAUUAAUAAUUUCAAAUUGUUAAUGUUUUAAUAAUAUAAAUAUUUGAUGGAUAAAUUAUAAUCAGAAAUACUUCUAGUUAAUAAAGAUAUAACCUUUGACCAUCUCCAAUACACGUAGCAAAAGAUCUACUGUAGGGAAAACUCAAAAGAUUAUGAAAAAUAACAUUAAUUGGAUUUCACGUUUAGAUAAACUUAAUUUUGGUAGGCCAUCAAUUAACGAUACAAGUACUAUUAAUAAUCUAUAAAAUAAGUAUAAUAAUCAGAAUCGCAAUAGGAUUUAUAGCAACUUGCAGAUAAAACAAAUGCAAUAUCAUUUAUUGAGACUUCAAAGAAUGAAGAGUCUUAAAUGUAAUAUUCUUCUUAGUCAACAAGGAGGAAAAUAAUGUUCAAAUCAAUGAUAUCAAAAUAACCAAGUGAUUCAUCUAUUUUGAAAAAGCCUUUCAAAUAAAUUAAUAAAAUAGUUCCAUAAUUAAAGCAAGAAAGUAUGGCAGAGUAUUUUGCAAUUAUAAAGAAGAAGAUGCAAGUAAUUAAUUAGAAUAAAAAUCAAUGGAUAUCCAUGGGAUUGUUUAAUGAAAUUUGA